UCUUUUCAUGGACAACUGAAAGACGGUCGACAAUAGAGUGGAUAUGGAUAAUCAAACAGAUGCCAAUAAAGAAAAUGAGGACAGUCAGAAGGGCAUCCCUUUCUCCAGGAAACUGUGCUAUGCCAUUGGAGGAAUGCCUUAUGAAAUGACUAUAACCGUCAAGGUCUUUUUCAUGCAGAUCUUUUUACUGGAUGUUGUGAAGAUGGAAGCCUUUUAUGCAUCCCUCAUUCUCUUCCUCGGUCGAGCUUGGGAUGCUGUUACAGAUCCUCUGGUUGGAUAUGCUGUGAGCAAAAGUGGCCGGACCAGAAUUGGCAAACUCAUACCUUGGAUUGUGUUCACCAUGCCGCUUGGGGUCCUGUCAUACAUCAUGCUAUGGUAUACCCCACAGGACACCAUGUCCCCUGCCUUCAGUUUCAGCUGGUACUUCAUAUGGUGUUGUGUAUUUGACACCUUUAUAAGUUGCCACCAUGUGCCAUAUUCUUCACUAAACAUGUUUUUAGGAGGGGAUGAAAAGGACCGAGACUCAGCCACUGCUUAUAGAAUGGGUGUGGAAGUGUUCGCCACACUGGCAGCUUCUGCCAUUCAGGGGCAAAUAGUCGGGGUUCACCACGCCAAGAGGACACACACCUGCAGCUUGCAGAAUAACACAGAAGAGCUUUCUGGAAACUACACUGACAAGCUGACUGACAUAUCCGAAAUAGCUCUACAAAACACUAGAACAGCUUAUUUGAUUGCCGCAAUAGUAAUGGGAAUACUGUACCUCAUCUGCUGUCUAGUCCUUUUUUUCGGUGUAAAGGAGCAGGUGGCGCCUCUGAGUAACCUUGACAGCAUUAAAGUUCCCUAUCUAACUGGAAUUAAGAUGGUUGUGAGACACACUCCAUAUGUACGGCUUGUAUUUGGAUUCCUCUUUUCUUCACUAGCCUUUCAGGUGAACGUAGGAAAUUUCGCUCUCUUCUGUACUCAUGCAGCACAUUUGGGAUCAUAUUUCCAGCAUUUUAUUCUGAUAACACUGGCGUCAGCAACAAUAUCCGUCCCAAUGUGGCAGACGCUGUUGGUCAGAAUAGGAAAGAAGACCACUAUAUUCCUCGGCCUUUCAAUUUACAUCCCAGCUCUCGUUGAGAUAAUCGUAUCGAAGAGUAGUUUGACUACCUUGAUUAUCAUGUCUGUGUUAUCUGGCAUAAGUCUUGCAUCCAUUUUUCUACUGCCUUGGUCGAUGCUGCCAGAUGUAGUGGACGACUUCAAAGUCAAGAACCCGUCGUUUCUGGAUCUAGAGCCACUGUUCUACUCCUGCUAUGUGUUCUUUAACAAAUUUGGAGGAGGAUUGUCUGUUGGAAUAUCUACCUUGGUUUUACACUUUGUGGGAUACAUACCUGGAGCUUGUAAACACAAUUCAGAGGUCAUUUAUGCACUCUGGAUUCUCUUCGCUCCUGUGCCUCUCGGCCUGUUGCUUAUUGGCAUGGUGAUUUUUUACUUCUAUCCCAUUAAUGAAGAGCAACGGCAGAAAAUCCAGGAAGCGUUAAGGAACAUAGGGACAGAGCCCAACUCAAAAGAAGAGGAACUCGGCCUAUGAAGUAAUCACCUAGUAUGUCACAAAACGAUUUCACUUUAGUUACAUUUCCUGAUCCAGGAACUGCUAAUAAUGAACAUGUUCAGAUUCCCAUGUCAGUAGAAAGUCACUUCAUUACACAUAGUGAAAGUUUCUCAGGAAUGUUUUGGAUGGACUCCAAUGAAUUUUAGUUAUCUUAGUCAUUUUACACACGCAAGUUAAUAAAAAAGACAUUAAAA